GCGACAUUCCAGCGGAAGCUCUCAUCCUCUCAUCUCGUCCUGUGAUAGGAAAGCUUUCAGCCUAGAGGUUGGAAAAAUUUUAGUCCUACAUGAACAUAAAAGUCCUGCUUGGAUAGUUUUAGUGAUCUAAUAAGAGGAUUUUAAUCACGUUAUCGUGGUCUUCCAUUUAAAUGGCUUGAGUCUAGACCAGGUUCAUCCAGAGACUUUAUAUAGCUGUGUGAAGUCCAGAUUGUCACGUUCCCGCCGUACUACUGACCACCCAGAGAUAACGCCCUGAAGAUGCCGCUCGGACUCGGCCGACGGAAGAAGGCGACUCCGCUGGUGGAAAACGAGGAAGCCGAGCCGAUCCGCGCCGGGCUCAACGUGGACGGACUGGAUGGAGGGCUGGUCGGAAUCGCAGAAGGUGUGACACAGGAAGGUCUUCCUCCUCCGCCCACUAACCUGCGACCUCGUCUCAUUUUCCACACCCAACUGGCCCACGGAAGCCCCACGGGACGCAUCGAGGGAUUCGGGAACGUCCGUGAGCUCUACGCCAAGAUCGGGGAAGCCUUCGGGAUCCCGCCGGUGGAGGUUAUGUUUUGCACGCUGAACACCCACAAAGUGGACAUGGACAAGCUGCUGGGCGGCCAGAUCGGCCUGGAGGACUUUAUCUUCGCUCACGUGAAGGGCCAGAGGAAAGAAGUGGAGGUGUUCAAAGGCGAGGACGCGCUCGGACUCACGAUCACUGACAAUGGGGCCGGCUACGCGUUCAUUAAGAGAAUAAGAGAGGGCAGCAUCAUCCAUCAGAUCCAGAUCAUCAACGUGGGAGACAUGAUAGAGUCCAUCAACGGUCAGACGCUCAUCGGCUGUCGACACUACGAGGUGGCCAAGAUGCUGAAAGAACUGCCCAGGGGGAAGAACUUCGUCUUGAAGCUGGUGGAACCGCUGAAGGCUUUCGAUAUGAUCAGUCAGCGGUCAGGGGGCAGAGCGGGGUCAGGGGUACAGCUGGGUACAGGCAGAGGGACACUACGACUGAGAUCUAAAGGACCGGCAACAGUGGAGGAACUGCCCUCAGCGUUUGAGGAAAAGGCGAUUGGGAAGGUGGACGAUCUCCUGGAGAACUACAUGGGGAUACGAGACAGCGAGCUCGCUGCCACCAUGGUGGAGUUGGGCAAAGACAAGAAGAACCCGGACGAGUUUGCGGAGGCGUUGGACGAGACACUCGGAGACUUUGCGUUCCCGGAUGAGUUUGUGUUUGAUGUGUGGGGAGCCAUCGGCGAUGCCAAGGUCGGUCGGAUUUGAUGGUGAAGAGGGCGGAGUGAACUGGACUGAAAGGGCGGGGUUUACGGAGGCGGAGCUGCCACCGAGGACACUAUUAUUACUACUACUACUACAAACUCCACUACAGAGUGAGUUUUACACACAGAAACCCUUCAGCUGUUGGCGUUCUGGACUUUCUCUGGGAGCAGCUUUCAUUUUUUAAUGCAGAAUAAUGAACUGUGUAAUUCUGACCCCGGUAUUCACUCCAGAAGGCAUGGAGCCUUUAAGACACUAAUGUGGAAUAGGAAAGCUGAAAUUUCCCCCGGAAUUACGUUCCAGAUUUAUGCUAUGAAAAAUCCCAAACUGCACGUUGCACGUGUAAACCUCUCUCUCUCUCUCUCACUCUCACUCUCCCUCUCUCUCCCUCUCUCACUCUCUCUCUGACCCUCAACCCCCCCCCUCUAUCUCACACCCUCUUCAACCAGACUGCCCCUUCCCUCUCUCUCACUUACUCUCUUUCCCCAUUUCUCUCUCUCUCUCUCUCUCUCUCUCUCUCUCUCUCUCACUCUCUCUCCCUCUCUCUGACCCUCAAGCCCCCCCCUCUAUCUCACACCCUCUUCAACCAGACUGCCCCUUCCCUCUCUCUCACUUCCUCUGCCCCUUCCCUCUCUCUCACUUACUCUCUUUCCCCAUUUCUCUCUCUCUCUCUCUCUCUCUCUCUCUCUCUCUCUCUCUCUCUCUCUCUCUGUGUGUCUCACCCUCUUCAGCCCCCCCUCUCUUGCUCUGCCCCUUCCCUCUCUCCCUUAUUCUCUUUCUCUCUCCCUUACACUCUCUCUCUCUCUCUCUCUCUCUCUCUCUCAUUCUCUCUCCUUCUGUCAUUCUCUCACCCCUCUCCCCUCUCUCCACCCCCCCUUUCUCUCUCCCCCUCUAUUUCUCUCUCUCCUUCUUUAUAAAACUGUGACGUUUAUUUUGCACUGUUACACUGUAUGAACUGCACUGCCAUCCCGUCUUCACCUCUCACCACACACACACACACACACACACACUCACACACACACACACACACACACACACACACACACACACAUACACAUACACACACACACUCUCCUUGUGUAUGCGCAGUGCAGUUCUGGACCAUUGUAUGUGAUGUAACACUACAGCGACUCCUUAAAGCAUGUUUUUUUUUGUCAUGUUUUCACUUUCCUUACCUCGUCUUCUUCAUAUGACGAUCAGUUUUUCAAACACACACACACACAAAAACACACACACACACACAGAUAAUCAGGAUUUCCAGUUACAUUUCACACUUAUAUUUUUUAAUUAUUAUUAUUUUUUUAAGUUGCAUGAUGAUGAUGUGUGUCGGAUGAAGGCGAGCACAGAAAUGCUGAAAGACGGCCGUCUGCUUCCCGAACAUGUCCACUUUAUUCGUCUCGUCCGUGUAUAAACGUCCAUCUGAAAUGCUGAGAGAAUCGUGUGGGUCAGGGAUAAACAGCUGGACGUCAUUAAUGUGAUUAAAAGGGGUUACUAUGGAGUUCAUUUCUUCAUUCAGUGCUGAUAUCCUCAAGAAUAGUGCUACAGAUUUAGACAAAUGUCUAGACCGCUAGCUAAGAGUCUGAGUCUUAUUCUCAGGUCCAGUGUGCAAAGCUAACGCUAAAAGUGUGCUAUCGAAUGUUAUUAUCCUUCCUGCGUGACGCUUAUCGUGGAUUAGAAAACGUAUUAACAGAUCUGCCAUUGAGCUCUAGAAUUUAACCGCAAAAAUAUUUCUCACUCAAAAAUACGACAAAUGAAAAGCUGACUCCGCCCCAUGUGGGUGUUUUUUAACCAGAAGCAUGGAAGCUCCGCCCCCUUUCCCUUCAAUAUUGCAUGGUGUUUUGGGCUAAAAGAGGAAAAAAAGGGCUGAAAGAUAGAAAGGAAGGUAAAGUGAUUUAUAACAGUGUCUAACAUUUUACAAAUAAUGUUAAUGCUGGUUAUUUUUUUUUUAAUGAUUAAAUGUAUUUGUCCUGGUCACUGCAGAAGUUCUGAAACUGGACGCUAGACAUCCAGGAUUACGUUCAGAAUGUAUCCUUAUCUUUAUAUAUAAGCUUUCCCCUCACUACAGAAUCUCUGUCUGUCUGUCUAUCUCUCUCUCUGUCUCGCUCUCUCUCUCUCUCUCUCUCUCUCUCUCUCUCUCUCUCUCUCUCCCUCCCUCCCUCUCUCUCCUUCUCUGUCCCUCUCUAUAACCCCCCUCUCCUUGUAGAUCAACUUAUACUAUAUAUAAAAACCUUCGACCACAAUGUUUCCAGCUCGACGUUUUUUUCCUCUCGAAUCGUUUCGGCCCAGAAUGAACUCCAUAGUCUCCAUGGGAACGAGCUGAAUCGAGGAAGCCUGGCAGUGUUAACUUCCUCUUUCCAGACGGACGCAUUUCUCCUUCCCAUUUCAGCCGUUUUAGGAGCAAAGAUGUAGAGGAACAAUCUAAAAAAAAAAAAACAACAACCCUGCAGUCUUAAUGCCAAACCAAGGAUCAGUAUUAAACUGUUAUUCAUCAUAGUUUCAAGUGUAGUGUUGUAUUUUGUAGAAAUAAGAUUUCAGCUAGCUCUAGUUCUGUGUGUUAGCCGGAAUUGUUCGAGUAUUAAACCAUGAUGAUGAUGAUGAUGAUGAUGAUGAUGAUGAUGAUGAGAGGUCACUGCCGUUAUAAAAUGUCCAGCUAGCAAGCGUUGGAGCUUUUCUCUUCAUUGUUCUUAAACACCACACUUUUAAUGUUUUUGUUUUUGUUUAUAUUAGUAUUUUUCCUGUUCGUUUUUAUUGUUCUGUUGUUGUCAUCUUCUCUUCUUUCAGUGGAUUCUAUCUCAAAUGUUGUUGUUGUUUUAUAAAGAAACAAUAGAUCGAUGCUGUUACAAACUCACACACUGUCACGGUUUGAACGUUACACUGUCGGAGCAAGCGUCCGUGAGCGUCCAUCCCUCCGUCUGUCCUUCCUUCAGGAGCUGGAAUGUCGCUUGACACGUGUUUACUCGUUACACCCAUUAAAAACAAACCAUCUUGCUUA